CACAAAGGAAAUCAUUGGACCUCGUGCACGUGUCCGGUCGCUCACCGCCAGUGAGCUUUGAACCAAAUUCUUGAUUACCUCCCGCCGGGAAAGCGACGGCCUGUUGUAUUGCCUGCGCGUGCGUGUGUGCGGUCAUGAAGUCGUCCUUGUGGAGGAGUUAAAAACUUUCUUUGGGGACUGGGGGUGGGGGCACUUCUUCUCAAAGGAGUCCUGCGUGCAAAGCAAGCGAGACAUGGCUGCGCUUUUUCUGCGACUUUUGGGGGUCGUGCUCCUCAUGGAGGUGGCCCACGGCCGGGAAGCUCUCGUGGCAGGGACCACCGAGUUCCUGCAAGACAUCGUGCGCUUCUUCGGCCACAACGAGUCCAUGCCCGCGCGCAACCUGGAGGAGCUCCUGCACAUCGUCGCCGCCCGCAGGCACCAGGAGGUCACCGACGACGGCAACCCGCUCCACGAACGCAAAUGCCUGUCGGCCCAGCAGAUCUUGUCCCACUUUGGCUUUCCCAACGUCAGCCGACUGAGCACUGGACAUCUGGAGGCCAUUUGCCCUGCCGUGUUGACCCAGGUGCUCGUGCCCUCCUGUCCCAACACCGCCCCCGAGAUCAGCACACCGUCACCGCCGCCUGCACUCCACUACUCAGUUUGGGGUUGGGGCUUCCUGUCGGUGACAGUAAUCAACCUGGCGGCGCUGCUGGGCCUGCUGCUCGUCCCGUUGACGGGCAAAUCGUACUUCCCCAAAGUUCUGACCUACUUCAUCGGCCUGGCCAUUGGGACGCUCUUCUCCAACGCUGUGCUGCAGCUCAUCCCAGAGGCUUUGGGCUUCGAUCCGAAAUCGGACAACUACGUUUCCAACGCCAUCGGCAUCUUUGGAGGAUUUUACCUUCUCUUCGUGGUGGAGAGAAUCCUCACCAUGGCGCUGCGUGUCGAGCACCAGCAUGGCCCGUCGCACUUCGGCUCGGCCGAUGACUCGCUGCCCAACGGUGAAGCCAGCUUGAAGAAGGACUCCAGCCUAGUUUUGACGAGUAUCAGCAGCAUCAAUACGGGCGAGCGCAGUAGCGUCAGCUCCGAACGCACCAACACCAACAUCAUCCCCGAGCAGGCGCCGAGCCGGGCGUGCUGCUGCCUGAGCAGCCAGCGUCUGUCCAAGGUCAAGACGGUGGCAUGGAUGAUCACGCUGAGCGACGCGGUGCACAACUUCAUCGACGGCCUGGCCAUCGGCGCCUCCUUCACCGUCUCCACGCUGGCCGGCUUCAGCACGUCCACCGCCAUCGUCUGCGAGGAGUUCCCCCACGAGCUUGGCGAUUUUGUGAUCCUGCUGAACUCGGGCAUGAGCGUGCCCCAGGCCAUCUUCUUCAACCUGCUGUCAGCGCUGGCGUGCUACAUGGGCCUGGUCUUUGGUAUCCUGCUGGGCACCAACUUCGCCCCCAACGCCAUCUUCGCUAUCGCCGGCGGCAUGUUCCUCUACAUCGCGCUGGCCGACAUGUUUCCCGAGAUGGACGCCAUCGCCCGGGAACAGAAGAACACCUCCUCCAAGGUGGUCUUCUUCCUGAUCCAGAACGCCGGGCUGCUCAGUGGCUUCACCAUCAUCCUGCUCAUCACCAUUUUUGCCCGAGACAUCAACCUGGGAUGACGGCCGGAAGGAUUUCAAAACGUUUUGUGCAAACAAAAUCAAAUGAACUUCACACACAAUAGGAAAUUAUUUUUAUUCAUGAAAUCUCCUCUGAUUUGUCUUAGAGACAGCCAUUCGUUGUUUUUUCCUCCUUAAAAGACAUUGUGGUUGGUGCUGGAUGAUAUGCUUUUUAUUUUUCACCCCAGUUUUUGUGUGUGUUUUUUUGUCUUGACUUUGUUGUAAAAUCAAACUUAAUUUUAGGAACGUUGUUUAAAUGACGCAGAUUUCUAAUUUAGGUUUCAGAGGGUUUAUAUAGCUUUGCUCAGGUUUAUUCCGAUUACACUGAACGAAAAUGUGAGAAUCGGACUUUGAUGGAAAGAAAUAUAAAUGAUAAAACCUAAUGUCUAUUUUGAAUACUGUAAAUACAUGUCAUGAUUUGUGUAAUGGCGCUUUAAAAUGUUUACCUUUUUGAUUUCUCUACAUUCUGACAUUUAAAGUGUUUUUAUGAAAUUUGAAAUUUGGUUAACUUAUUUCAAGUAGAAAUGUUAACAAAUGUUUCACUGUGGACAUUGAUGUCCUUUUGUUUCUGGACGAAUGAACAUAUUGCUGCUGAAAAUGAAAUAGAGACAUAAUUAGUUAAUUUUGUCUUAAUUUUUAUAAAUUUGAAAUGGACUAAAAAUGUUGCCCUUUGUUUCUGUGUGAAUAAAUAUUUUUGUUAGCUAA